CCCAACCCGUCCAUCAGCAUCGCUCCUCCUAAAAAUAUGCCUAGAGCAGGGCUUGCGUACUACUCCACGAGCUGACUUACGUACAGAAUGCAUUUCUUGCUAAAUUCUUGUUGACAUGGAAGUAACAGCUGCUCGCCGAUCGUCUCUCUGUGAUACAGGUUCCUGGGCCGACCGGACGGCCCUCCACGAAGCGGCGUCCCAGGGCCGUGCGCUGCAGCUCAAACAGCUGAUAGAGAGCGGAGCGUCGGUCAACAUGGUGACUGUGGACAACAUCACGGCUCUGCAUGAGGCCUGCAUACAAGCACAUCCCAACUGUGUCCGGAUGUUGUUAGAGGCGGGGGCGCAGGUGGACGUCCGGACAAUCCAGGGCAGCACUCCUCUCUGUCACGCCUGCGCAGCGGGCAGCUUGGCUUGCGUAAAGUUGUUGCUGAAACGUGGGGCCAAAGUUAACCCACGUCCCCCAGCAUCCCCUCUUCACGAGUCCUGCACACGAGGUAAUGUGGAAAUUGUGAGGUUGUUGAUCACCAAGGGGGCGGAGCUUGAGGCCUGCGACACAGACCACACCCCCCCUCUUCACACCGCCUGUGCCAAAGGCCAUGUGGACUGUGCUCUGGAGCUCCUUAAUGCAGGCGCCGACGUGAAUUCGUCCAAGGCGGAGGAGACGGCGCUCCACCACGCGGCGCGCGGCCAAACGGCCGACCUCAUCGACCUGCUGGUGGAGUUUGGCGGGAACACGCAGGCCCGAGACCGCCACGGCUGUAAACCCAUGGACUACACUAAACCCAGCACCCCCGCGGGAACCUGCCUCAAGGCUUACGGGAGCACCCCCCUCAGUCUACAGCAGCUCUGUAGAAUCCGAAUGAGGACGACUGUGGGUAGAAGAGGCUUGGAGGUCAUAGGUCAGCUGGACAUAUCUUACAUCAUCCGCGGCUACCUCCAAUACACUUCUUAUCAAACGUCACCAGCCGCAGAACUGUGAUGGGAUUCUCAAAUGAUGUGUAUAUGUAUAUGUUAUCUAUAUUUGAAGAUAUCGGAUAUAUUUAAUGCUAAAAUGUGUAAUUUAAAACUCACUGGAAAUAAUAUACAAUGAUUAAGAUAAACUAGACAAGAUGUUA